AUAUACAAUAAUAAGAGUUUAGUACAAUUCUUAUUAUUACACUUCGCAACAAUACAUACAUACAUAUAUAUAUAUAUAUAGAUAUAGAUAUAUCACGUAUACCUGUUUGCUGGUUUGUAAUAUGGCCUUCUUUAAACUCAAGUUCCUGAAUACCAAAGCACUUUGUGCAAUGUGUUUUCUCAUUGCCUUGUUACUCAGUCCCACUAACGCACAGCUCUCUCCCACCUUCUAUGCUCUCUCUUGCCCAACACUUGAUAUCAUCGUCCGUACAGGAAUGAGGCAAGCCAUUAGCACAGAGUCUCGCAUGGCUGCCUCCAUUCUCCGCUUGUUCUUCCACGAUUGCUUUGUCAAUGGUUGCGAUGCAUCGAUACUAUUGGCUGACUCAGCCACUUUCACAGGCGAACAGAAUGCCGGACCAAACAGAAAUUCUGCGAGAGGUUACAAUGUGAUUGACAAUAUCAAGGCGCAAGUGGAAAAAGCUUGCCCUGGCGUUGUCUCGUGUGCAGACAUUUUAGCAAUUGCGGCAAAAGAAGCAGUCGUCCAGUCGGGAGGGCCAACGUGGGCGGUACCACUAGGGCGGAGAGACGCUAGAACUGCCAGCAAAAGUGCGGCUGAGAGCGAUCUCCCCUCGCCGUCCUCCGAUCUCGCCACCCUCACCCGCCAAUUCGUGAACAAAGGCCUCAGCGCCGACGACAUGACCGCUCUCUCCGGAGGCCACACCAUCGGCCUCGCCCAAUGCUUCACCUUCCGCAACCGCAUCUACAACGCCACCAACAUCGACAACAACUUCGCCACCACUCGCCGCGCCAACUGCCCCGCCUCCGGCGGCGACUCCAACCUAUCCCCUCUCGACAGCACCCAAACCAGAUUCGACAACAGCUACUUCACAGGCCUCGUCAACAAUCGCGGCCUCCUAAAUUCCGAUCAGGAGCUCUUCAAUGGUGGAUCGCAGGAUGCCUUGGUUAAAAAAUAUAGCACAAACUCUUUGGCCUUUGUCGGAGACUUUGCCGCUGCAAUGGUAAAGAUGAGCAAAAUUAGUCCUCUCACAGGGACUAAUGGAGAGAUUAGAAAGAAUUGCGUGGUGGUAAACUGAUUUCAGUAUAUAUAAAUAUGUUUUUGUUAGGGUUUCUUGUUUAUUUUGUUGUAAUUGGUAGAACUGUUUCGUUCUUGUGUUGAUCAAGAGUAUUUACAGCUCUAUAAUUACGUACAGAAGAGAUCUUGUGCAAGGAAAAAAUUAAGGGGCAAGAUCUUGGUCGUGGAGAAUAUUUUGACGUUAAAAAAAGUUGUAAUUUAAGUGUUCAUUUUCGAUUGUUAUAAUUAAUAUGUGAUCAAU